CAGUCGAUGUUGUGAAGCAAGUAGGUGUGGCAUUAUAUUAUUUGAGCGAUGAAGGUCGUAUGCGAAAAACGGCUAAUGCUUUUGGACUCUCACGCCAAGCUGUGUCGAAAAUCGUCAGGAAGGUGUCUGAAGCCAUAACAAUCCAUCUUGGGCCAAAGUAUAUUAAGCUUCCAAGUACAGAAGAAGAAGUGCAUAACCUAGUGAAAACGUUCCAUAGAGCACAUGGCUUCCCUCAAUGUUUGGGCGCAAUUGAUGGAACACACAUUGAAAUCAAACAACCAAGCAUAAACUCGACUGACUAUAUUUAUCGCAAGGGUCGUUAUAGCCUUAAUGUUCAGGUUACAUGCGACUUUAAGUACUGUUUUAUGGAUGUUGCUGUCAAAUGGCCUGGGAGUGUGCAUGAUGCAAGAGUGUUUUCAAACUCAAUUUUGAAUUCUUCUCUGAAGAGUGGGAAAAUACCUCCUUGCAAACGUACAAUCAUACCUGAUGAGGAUCCUCUGCCGGUGUUCAUUCUAGGAGAUCCUACAUAUCGACUAAUGCCAUAUGUUAUGAAGGAGUAUUCAAAUGCUGGCUCAAUUGUGCAAGAGCAAUAUUUCGGGUUGACCUUGUGCAUGUCUCGCAUGGUAAUUGAGCGUUCCUUUGGUCGCCUUAAAGCAAGGUUUGGAGCUUUGAAGAGAGCCAUGGAUAUAAAUAUGGAUGAGCUCCCGGGUGUCAUUUAUGCAUGUUUUGUGUUGCAUAAUUACUGUGAGCUGAAGAAUGCAAAGAUUGGUGAAGAAAAGGUUACUCUGCCAUUAAUUAUGAUAGAGAGUUUCAACCAGCUGUUGUCACCAACAACUUCACUACUUAUUGUAAUGAAAGUGAGAAUAAGAAAAUAGGAAGAAUUCUAAGCAGGUACUUUGACCCUUGAGAACAUUGUGUUUGAAAGGUAGAGGACAUUUUCAAAACUUCCUAAUGAAUAUGCUUAGAAUAGUUUUUAUAGACAUUUCGCUUGACUGUAGGAAAGGUAAACACGGAGCAUUGUAUUAUUCUAAUUUUUUUAAAUACUAUAAGAAUAGUUUUAUUUGAACAUUGAAAUUCAUACUAACUCAAAAAGUCGCUGUCUUAUUAAAAUAACUGUGUAUGUGAAACUUGUUCAGCAAAAAAGUUCACUCAUCAAUAGUUGGGGUACAUGCCUGCUUGUUCUGCAUGCCUUGGCUGUAGUGGUGUUAAAUGUACCCAUCAGGGUAACUGGGUCCUGGUGGUGUGUAUUGUGCCGGCAAACCAUUAUGUCGUGGAGGGGUAAAUGGUACAAGUGAAGCACUAUGUUGUGGGGUAUGUGGAACAGGUAAAGCACUAGACUGCAUCAUCUCCCUCAGCAUUGCAAAUCCAUCAGCAAUAGAUCCAGUCAGCUGUUCCAUGCUGGUGCUAAGUCCUGCCAUGUGUUGGGAAUGCUCCUUGUCCAUACGGUCCAUUUUAUCAAACAGUCUUUUCUUUAUCUGCAUCUUUUCUUGUGCUAUGGUUAAUAACUGAUUAUCCGUAGAAAGUUUUCUUUUUCAUUUUUCUUGUUUGUGGCCUCUCAGCUUUGCAUCCCGCAAAUUUCGUCCUUCAUUUACUGUAGACUCUUGCGAAUGCGAUGGCAUUUCUUAAGAUGCUUCAGCCUCAGGGUUCUCAGUAUCUGUUGAUUUCUCACUCUCAAAGCUUGUACUGGAUGCAGGAUUUGUUGGAGUUGGACUCGAGCUUCUUGAUUCUACUUCUUCUGUAAUGUCGGUAGACUCAAUUCCAGCAUGUGUGGUUGAUGUAGCAGGAGAUCCUCCCCAUAUAGCCUCACAGGAUUCAAAGUAGCGGAGAACUACCCUGCCAUGUCCACUUUUCCUGCCACUAUCGACGGCUGCCCUGAAUUUCGAUCGUACAGCCUUAAGUUUGGUGGUUAUAAUUACCUUGGUCAUCUCUUCUUUCUUGUGCGGAAAAUCUUUCCCGAUGCACUUGGCGUUUUCUGCGGAUGGAUACUGCGACAUGAAUAGUUCAAGGCUGUCUGACUACUUGCUCUGACAAGAUUCCCAGUCGACAUUUGUCUCACCUUAUACUCCUCCGUAACUUUAAGGAGAAGCUCGACUUCAUCAUCCGUCCAAAUAAAUGAUUCAGGUUUGCUUUGCUUUUCGAUUUAGUUGUUCCUUUCGUUGACUUGGCCAUUUCAAUUCGAACAAACUUACUAAAGUUAAUACGAAGCGAACCGCGAAUACCAAACAAAUACGAGAUGUUUUUUUAUAAAUUGCGCCAAAUUAACAUAGUUGUUAUGUGUGCACACAUAGAUUAUUGCAAUUGGAGCCUGCGAUCGUUUGGAAGAUCUCAUAUUACUAAGCAAUGCGCAUGAUCUACGCCGGGCGCUAUCAUAUUUCCUCCGUUUAUGCGUUUACGUGUGGACGGGCGAAAACGAUUCGAAUACGAUACGUGUGAACGCGAAUUUUUUCAAAAACGGAGAAAAAAACCUCCGUUUUCAAAAAUAUCCGCAUACGUGUGGACGGGGUCUCAGCUUUGGACGCUGAAUUUAUCUUCGGUAUGCAUGGGCACUGGCUACUACAUUUUACUUGCGCUUCCAAAUCAAAGAAUACAGUGCAAUAUAUUUACUUAGCAAACACAUUUUGUGAUUUUCGUUAUCGCUAUCUAUAUGUUCUCGGCAUUUGUGAUUACACACAGUAGCGUAGCCAGCCCGACGAUUUAGUACCGUUAUGCAAAUAUUUUCGUGUUCAUUGACUGUGAAAACAAUCAAGGAUAACUUACAGAAGGAGUUUGACAGCCAUUGACUCCCCAUCGAGUAAAUAGUUACGAAGCUUUAAAUAAUUUUAUCCACGUCUUAAUCUUUUAAAAUCAUUUCUGCUGGUAGUGCUAGACCCAGGCCUAAAUUGCAUCGCACAUGUUCAGCUCAUCAGCUGGCGUAAUUCACUUCCCAAUUCCCAUUAUUAUAGACUCUAAGCUCGCUUAACUCUUCUUGCGCCAAUUUUGAUUCGGGCCAUGACUAAUGACGUCUUGUAUUAUACAUGUAAAGUAUAUUAUAUACACAUGCAUUGCAUUAACGAUCAUAAUUGAGAUCAUUGAUUUUUAUUGGUACCAUGUAGUAUGUCGAACCUUGAAAUGUGAACCUUGGCAUAUAUCCAAAUACUGGCAGAAGUCACGCAGUCUAUGUCCUCAGUAUAAUGUUAACAUUUAAUUUUCCCACUUCUUUUCUCCUUGGAAAGGAAUUCUGCCUUGAGAUACAUUCAGCUUCGGACGCUAAUUUAUCCUCGGUAUGAAUGGGCACUGGCUACUACAUUUUCCUUGCGCUUCCAAAUCAAAGAAUACAGUAUAAUAUAUUUAUUUAGCAAACACAUUUUGUCAUUUUCGUUUUCGCUACCUAUAUGUUCUUGGCAUUUGUGAUUGCACACAGUAGCGUAGCCAGCCCGACGAUUUAGUACCAUUAUGCAAAUAUUUUCGUGUUCAUUGACUGUGAAAACAAUCAAUUUCUAAAGAAAUGAAUACUGAUGAUUUUGAAUUUGCAUAGCAGGACUAAUAUAAAUACCGGGCUGGCUACGCCACUGAUUACACACAGCCACAGGAUCUUGCAAACCCCGAGAUAUUUUAAAUGAUCAAAGAACAAAACAAUGUAGUGACAUUUGACUAAUCAUCUACUCGUUUUAAAUGCACAAACUAGGCAGUUUACGUCCGUUUUAUACGUCGAAUUUUGGUCCCGUGACUCGCGUCGUAUGCAAUUAAGACAAUAGCUGUUGACAUGAUAAACCUCAUUAAGGUAAUUCCGCAGUAAUUGUUCUCGAAAUGAAAAUGUGCUGAAACUUCCCAGGCAUGGAGUUUAUGAUAUACUUAAAGUAAAAUCACACAAAAAAGUCAGGGUCACCGAACUCGUUAAGAAGAUAUGAUAAUCACAAUAUACCACCUUUACCACCAAUAUGGCGCCAUCUUGACGCUCAUUACGAGUAACAGCAAACGCAACAGCCUGAUAUUUAUUGACGUUUUUAGCGCCGAUUUUGCUUUAGUAAACCUAUCUUGUAAUUAUUUUUGAAAAAAUACUGUGUUUUGAGCAAAAUGAAACUACUAACGUGUACAAUUCUGAUCCACAUAUGUCUUUUCCACAUUUCUUUACGUAUCUUUCUUUGGGAACAUGCAUUGAUAAAGCAUUUUUUUUCAAGAUCCAGAAAUGAUUUUUCUUUUAAUUUCGGAUAUGAAAUGUAAAAUGCAUUAAGGAAAUAAAUUAUCAGUUAAAAAACGGUGGUCACCGAUCUUUUUAGGGAAUUGUGGCAUUAAAACCUGAAAUACAAGUAAAUAAGUAUACUACAGACACAGACCCCAGCUACACUUUUGUAUGCCUUUUUUGAAAACAUUGAUUUUAACGUAAUUCUUUGCACGAAUGUAACCAAAGAUGUUUUGAAGUAACAUAAAAUUGUCACAAAAUUAUAUAUUUUUUUAAUUAAACGGUACGUAUAAUGGAUGAAAUUAUAAGUUAUAAGAUGCGCGCAGUAAAAGUGCGCAAUGCAAAACUGCGGAAUUACCUUGAUUUUUAUUAUUCUCACUUAAUUUUGCGGUUUUGAUACGCGUAAAUAGAAAAAGAGCAUUGAAUUUCGCGAAAGCUUUUGGAACCACAUUUUAUUUAAUUUUCUAUAAAAAUCUGAAUUACAAUUUUCGAAACAAAUCAACAUAAGGUACAUACUGUCAUUAAAUAAUUUGUCAUUUAUGUGCGUAUACGGCCUGAAAUUGUUUGAAUUUUAUGAUACAAAUUUUUUUACAAAGGGUAUUUAAUUUCGCGAUUUUUUUUCAAUCGCGAAAACAGCGAAAUUAGAGUCGUGCAAAAUUGAGUACGGAUAAGCCGGUACUUUAUCUGAAUGAUAAAAUGAGAUUUCUUUGUUUUAGUUUG